AUGUGUGUUUGUGUGUGUGUGUGUGUGUGUGUUGAUGCGCAGAUCCGAGGUGGACCGGGGCCCGAAUGGAACAAAGCGAAAAUGGAGAUUGGUCUGGCUCUGGCAAAAUGCAGGUCCGGCCGGGUUCGAGCGAGACUCUCAGACUUGGAUUGGUCCCGGUCCCGGUACCGGUACUGGCACCAACGGGGUGGUGGUGGUGGUGGUGGAGCUGGUGGUGGAGCUGGUGGAGGGCUCGCCUGUCGGCAGGUCGGGCCGACACGUUUUCUUUUUCUGGCCGCGUCCACGGCCACGUGUCCACCGAGUGCGUUGCUGGGCCGUCUCGUGUGGCAACAGGAUGGUCUGCUGCUCGGCCUGUUCGAGUCUGGCAGGCAGAAGGCUUGA